AUGGCGGUCAAUCGCAUCCGUGGGGCCUUUGCCGUCCCGAGGAAGGGAGAGACCUUCGAGCUGCGAGCGGGACUUGUCUCUCAGUAUGCGUAUGAGCGCAAGGAGUCGAUUCAAAAGACCAUCAUGGCGAUGACGUUGGGCAAGGACGUCUCGGCUCUGUUCCCCGAUGUUCUGAAAAACAUCGCGACGGGAGAUCUGGACCAGAAGAAGCUCGUAUACCUAUACCUGAUGAACUACGCAAAGUCGCAUCCCGACCUCUGUAUUCUUGCCGUCAACACUUUCGUACAGGACUCCGAAGACCCAAACCCCCUUAUUCGUGCGCUAGCGAUCCGAACGAUGGGAUGCAUCAGAGUCGACAAGAUGGUGGAUUACAUGGAAGAGCCCUUACGCAAGACGCUACGAGACGAGUCCCCCUACGUUCGCAAGACGGCUGCCAUUUGCGUGGCCAAGCUUUUCGACCUGAACCCGACAAUGUGUAUAGAAAACGGCUUCCUGGAGUCCCUGCAGGAACUGAUUGGUGACCCGAACCCCAUGGUCGUUGCGAACUCGGUGCAGGCCCUCUCGGAGAUCACCGAAACCGCGCCCGAGACACGAGCUCUUGUGGUGACGCCGGCAACGUUGAAGAAACUACUGAUGGCGCUGAACGAGUGCACGGAAUGGGGACGUGUGACGAUUCUCACCACCCUGGCCGAUUACCCUGCUGUGGACGUGAAGGAGUCUGAGCAUAUCUGCGAGAGGGUAGCACCGCAGUUCCAGCACGUCAACCCAAGUGUCGUCCUGGCGGCUGUCAAGGUUGUCUUCAUCCACAUGAAGGCCAUCAACCCGGAGCUGGUGCGGUCGUAUCUCAAGAAGAUGGCGCCCCCGCUGGUCACACUUGUGGCCUCCGCCCCCGAAGUACAGUACGUCGCGCUCCGAAAUAUCGACCUUCUCCUCCAGGCCAAGCCCGACAUCCUCAGCAAGGAGCUGCGCGUGUUUUUCUGCAAAUAUAACGAUCCCCCCUAUGUCAAGCUUCAGAAGCUCGAGAUCAUGGUCCGGAUAGCGAACGACAAGAACUUUGAUCAGUUGCUCGCAGAAUUGAAGGAGUAUGCUCUCGAAGUCGACAUGGACUUUGUCAAGCGCGCAGUCAAGGCGAUUGGUCAGGUCGCCAUUAAGAUCGAGAGCGCCAGCCAGAAGUGUGUUAAUGCCCUGCUGGAUCUGAUCGCCACCAAGGUCAACUACGUUGUCCAGGAGGUCGUCGUAGUCAUCAAGGACAUUCUACGAAAGUACCCUGGGUAUGAGGGUGUCAUCCCCACACUGUGCAAACACAUCGACGAGCUUGACGAGCCCACCGCAAGAGGCUCGCUCAUUUGGAUUGUAGGAGAGUACGCGGAGAAGAUCAACAACGCGGAUGAGAUUCUGGAGAGCUUUGUGGAUGGCUUCAUGGAGGAAUUCACGCAGACACAACUUCAAAUUCUGACAGCAGUCGUCAAGCUUUUCUUGAAGAAGCCGAGCAACACGCAAGGACUGGUGCAGAAGGUUCUUCAGUCAGCGACAACAGAUAACGACAACCCCGAUAUUCGCGAUAGAGCUUACGUCUACUGGCGCCUGUUGUCGGGCGACUUGGACGUCGCCAAGAACAUCAUUCUCUCACAAAAGCCCGCCAUCUCCACAACAAUGACCAGCCUCCCACCCGCUCUGCUGGAGCAACUACUUGCAGAGCUUUCCACUCUCGCCUCGGUGUACCACAAGCCGCCGGAAUCCUUCGUCGGCAAGGGUCGCUUCGGGGCCGACGAAAUCCAACGUGCGGCUAUCCGGGAGCAACGGCAAGAGGCUGCCGAAAACCCUAUCGCGGCUUCCGUGGCGGCUGCAGCUGCCGCCAACGGCAACCCCCCGUCACAAAACAAUAUCGAAAACUUGCUCGACAUCGACUUCGACGGCGCUGCGCCUGCAUCGGCCGAACAGAACAGCAACGUCAACACCCCGGACAGAGUCGCCAGCCCCUCGGGCGGUGCUUCUUCUAGCGCAAUGGCCGACAUGAUGGGCUUGUUCGACGCUCCGCCACCCCAGCAACAGCAGCAAGCCGCUGCCAACCCGAUGAGCCCCGGAGCCGCUGGCGGCAGCGGUAUGAACGACUUGAUGAAUGGUUUCUCCGGGCUGGACUUCGGGAACACGGGUUCUAGCCAGCCCCUUCCGGCGGCCAUGCAAUUAAACCAGACCCAACCCGCGCAGGCACAACCUAGUGAAGGCAACGGAAAGAAGACGAACGAGGACUUGCUGGGUUUGUUCUAG